AUGCCUGUGUGCCUUUGUGUCUGUGCAUGUCAAGUCUGUGUGUCUGUCAGGUGCUUUUGCAUGGCGUGGUCUGUACUAGGGUGCAGCAGAAGUGAGGGCUGCAUGUGGUGCUGGGGCUGGGCAAUCCCCAUGGGCACCUCUGGCUUUUUAGAUAAACAAACCCCAGUUAAAUCCCACACUUAACAGCUUCACAGCAAGCACCACGUAUUAAUGCUGGGUCUUGUCUGCUGCUUUUUGAAGCCAGUUAGUAGCUCCUGCCAGCAGGAAGCUCAGCAAGGCUCUUUUUAAAUAGCAAACCUUUAUUUCCAGAGCAGAAAUUUCUGCAGUGAUGAGAGGUGGAGCUUGCUGGGCAGACCACCAGCAGGUUGCAGUGCCCUGGAGAAGGAGGGUGGUUGCUUGGGUGCAAAUGCCCUCGUACAUGCGAAGUCUACCCUGUGCUGCUGCAUGACAGCUUCUCCCUGCUCGGGCUGGCCUUGCAUUUGCAUUCCUUAUGAGACUAUUUUCUUGUCCUUGGGCAGGCAGUGGUGCUGAGAGCUUGUUAUGGCACAGCUGGCUGGGGAUGCUGUUGUCCCAGCAAUGGCCGAGGAGCCUGAAUGAUGAGGAGAGCAUCUUUCAUGAGCCAUGGGCAGAUGUGGGAUCUAUUGGGGAGGGUGAAAUGCUCUGCAAGACUCUUAAUGCAGCAUCAGUGACGGCCGGUGGUGGAAAACAUGGGGUGGGCGCAUCCCAUAGAGUUUGAACCUCUCUUCCCAUGCUGUGCUGUAUCUCUCAGUUCAGACCACAUAAUGUGUCCUGCACGGCUCUUCCUGUGGCUGUCUUCUGCUCUUUGCAGGUCUCUGGGGCAGGGUGUGUGCCUGUGGUCUCCACACAUGGAGGAUGAUGGCCAAGAGUAAUGCUCUGCACAGCUCACCAGCCAGCUGCCACCCCUGCCCAUCCACCCAAGCCCAAGUGGAGGGUGACACAGAGAGGAUGCAGCUCAGCACCAGGAGAACCUGCUUGACUCAGGAUGACACCUCCUCAGAGCUGUGGAGAGAAGCUCCCCUGGAUGGCAGGGAGCAGCCGGCUGCCUCUGCUUUCCAAGGCAGGGGAGCUUUGGCCAGGAUAGUCCGGCUGGUGCUGGUGCUGAGGAACUGGGCCAGCAAGAGCUUGCAGGAGGAGCAGCAAAGGCCAGACCCCUUCCUUGAGCGCUUCCAGGGUCCUGAGCUCCAGACAGUGGCUGCAGGUGCUGGUAAUGGUCUAGAGGACGAGGAGACCGAAGAGGAAAACAAAAAGAAGAAAUGGCAGAUCUUUGUGGUGGACCCUGCAGGGGACUGGUACUACCGUUGGCUGGUUGUCAUUGCAGUUCCUGUCCUCUAUAACUGGUGCUUGCUCAUAGCCAGGGCUUGCUUCAGUGACCUGCAAAAAACCUAUGUUGUCCUCUGGCUGGUGCUAGACUACAUCUCAGACUGUAUCUACGUUGGGGACAUAGUGAUACACCUGCAUACGGGUUUCUUGGAGCAGGGCCUCCUGGUUAAGGACCUGAAGAAGUUACGGGAUAACUACAUCUACACCUUACAAUUCAAGCUGGAUGUUCUCUCCAUCUUGCCCACAGACCUGGCAUACUUUGCUGUGGGAUUGCACUGCCCUGAAUUGCGUUUCAACAGACUACUGCACUUCUCCCGCAUGUUUGAGUUCUUUGAUAGGACUGAGACCAGAACCAGCCACCCCAACGUCUUCCGCAUUAGCAAUUUGGUUCUUUACAUCCUGGUCAUCAUCCACUGGAAUGCCUGCAUUUAUUAUGCCAUUUCCAAGGCCAUAGGCUUUGGAGAGGACACCUGGGUCUAUCCCAACAUCACAGACCCUGAAUAUGGGUAUCUGACCCGGGAGUAUGUCUACUGUCUCUACUGGUCUACGUUGACUUUGACUACCAUCGGAGAGACCCCUCCCCCUGUGCGUGAUGAAGAGUACCUCUUCGUGAUCUUUGAUUUUCUCAUCGGUGUCCUCAUCUUUGCCACCAUUGUGGGGAAUGUGGGAUCCAUGAUAUCCAACAUGAAUGCCACCAGGGCAGAAUUCCAGGCAAAAAUUGACGCCAUCAAACACUACAUGCAGUUUCGCAAGGUGAGCAAAGACAUGGAAACCAAAGUCAUCAAGUGGUUUGACUACCUGUGGACCAACAAGAAAGCAGUGGAUGAACGGGAAGUCCUCAAGAAUCUCCCUGAUAAAUUAAGGGCAGAGAUUGCCAUCAACGUUCACCUGGAGACACUGAAGAAGGUGAGGAUUUUCCAGGACUGUGAGGCAGGUCUACUGGUGGAGCUGGUGCUGAAGCUUCGCCCUCAGGUGUUCAGCCCAGGGGAUUACGUUUGCCGGAAAGGAGACAUUGGGAAAGAGAUGUACAUUAUCAAGGAGGGGAAGCUGGCUGUGGUGGCAGAUGAUGGAAUAACACAGUAUGCUUUGCUCACUGCAGGAGGCUGCUUUGGUGAGAUCAGCAUCAUCAACAUUAAAGGGAGCAAAAUGGGCAACAGGCGUACAGCCAACAUCCGUAGCCUGGGCUACUCUGAUCUCUUCUGCUUGUCAAAGGAAGAUCUUAUGGAAGCUGUCACAGAGUAUCCAGAUGCCAAAAAGGUCUUGGAGGAGCGUGGCCGGGAGAUCCUGAUCAAGGAAGGUCUGCUGGAUGAGUCAGCUGCAGAGGCAAGUGCAGAAGGGAAGAGCGUGGAGGAGAAGCUGGACAGGCUGGCCUUGAACCUGGACACACUGCACGCCCGCUUUGGCCGGCUUCUGACAGAGUACAACAAUGCCCAGAUGAAGCUCAAGCAGCGCAUCACUCUUCUAGAGUCCAAGAUGAGGCAGCAGGAUUUGGAGGACUUCUUCUCUGAUAGCUCAGACAGUUCGCUUGAGGAUAAGGAGAAAGCUUUACCUGGUGGGAUGAAAUGAGAGGGUGCAGAGGCCAGCUAGGUGAUGUCUGGUCUUGUGCUGAGACAGUGUUUGCUAUUUCACAAGGCAGAUCCUGUGGCUGCCUUGACAGGGACUUCUCUCAGGUCCUUAGCAUUGCUGCUGCCACUGCUUUGAUGGCAGCUUCUGAAAUGGCUCCAAAUCAGGUGAUUGUCCCAGCUCUUCUUCUGGCCUGUCCCUGUUCUCAUUGCCUUGGUCUGAGAUCUUGGACUUGGAUCACUAAAAAGAGGACAAUGGCUAAUGCCACUGCUAACAUUUCCUUCCAGCUUCUGCAAAAGUUCUGUGCCCAUCACGCCUCUUUCCUCCUGGUUGCCUUAAUAGAAGGUGGGACGUGAACCUUACGGGGAGGGAUACCUGGACAUGCUGGCCUCCCAUCUAUGUUGAAGAGACGCAGAGUCAUGGUGGACAGAGCCUGCCAUGUGCCACCUACCCAUCCGUACAGGGACCAAGGAGGAGACAGGCUUUGGAAGAUGCCGGAUCCCUUGCAGAUAACAAAACCACCCCAGUGAGAGGCACCAAAACUCAAGCCACAUAUUUAACAAAUGUAUUUUUGGUUCAGCCUUUAUAACUCAUUUUAAGUAAACAGUCUCCACUGACUGUCUGCAGACACCCAGCCUGCACCAAGACACUCCUUACUUGCAAGAUACCAACACUCAACUAAGACAGCCCAGUCUUUGCCUCUUAUGUCUGCAGAUGGAGAGGCUUGUCUGGGUCAUUGUCACUACCUAGGUCACCUCUACUGUCCACACUGAGGCUGGAAAUCUAGCUGCAAGGGCAGGCAGCUGCUGUCCUCCUGCCUGCCUCUCUUCUCCCUUCUGCUCUGUUUGAUGUUGUCAGAUGGCACCUGGCGUGGGUGGCUCAGUACCCUGAGCACUGCACCUUCCUGGGGGAUGGUCCCCAAGCCCUCCCACUGCAGAGGCAGCAUGAUUUCCAUUUGGGCUACUGUAUUUGUCAUCUGAGACAUCCAUACAGAGGUAAAGACCAUGGCUCACUGGCCCGACAGCACCUGUUGUGCUACGUGCAGAAGAAAGACAGUAGCUGUCCCUCUCCUCUACCUAAUGACAGCCAGAUGUGCCAGGAAGGGUUUGACUGAAAUGACACAUUUUUAAGGAACAGAGCAGUGGUGGGACCCAACUGUGCCUGUAUUUGCUUUGCUGUGGGUAGCUCGGAGAGAAUACAGAACACAUUUAUUUUCUUA